AGUCAUUAAACAACAAAUCUUUAGUUUUGGUCUGAAAUUUCUUGUUAGCUCCAAAAGGGGGAAAAACGAAUCCAACGAAGGAGAAAAAGUCUCAUUCUUCAAGCUCCCCCCUCCACCAUCAUCAUUCCUCGUUCAUGGGGUCUCUGCAUCACUCUCAUUUUAUUUCUUAGAUUGUUGUUUUUUCUUGUUCCAUCCAGAUUAAAAAUCCCUAAGAAAGCUUAAAGACCUCUUCCAAAUUAUUUUCCCAGAAACACACUUCUUUCUUUUGCUUUGCCUCCUUGGAGUUAUCUUCUUUUGACUACGCGUCUUUUCUCUUGCCUCUGAAGGAGAUCCAAAAAAAAGGGUUCUUUUUUUUAUAUAUAUAGAAGGAAGAAAAAAAAAAAAAAACAAUUUGGUUUGAGAGAGACGACUAUGCAUAGAUCUGGUACAACAAUGGCUUGGAACGUAUUCAAAUUCUGUACGGCUUUACGAGGUCUUGGAUCGAUCAUGAUCCUUUUGGUUCUUGGUGUUGUCGGUGUUACUUAUUACGCUGUCGUUUUGACUAACUAUGGACCUGCUGCACUUUCUCAAGUUGGCCUUGAUUCUCUUGCUGCUCUUACUAUCCUAAUCCUUUUCCAUUUCCUUCUGGCAAUGCUUUUGUGGAGCUACUUCUCUGUUGUAUUUACUGAUCCUGGUGUUGUGCCUCCUAACUGGAGACCAUCUACUGAUGAGGAAAGAGGUGAAUCUGAUCCGUUAAACAGUUUGGAGUUCGUUGGUUUACAGCCUCCUGAUUCUUCAAACCCAAGAGUUCGCUUUUGUAGGAAGUGCAAUCAACUAAAACCUUCCCGUUGUCAUCAUUGUUCUGUUUGUGGUCGGUGUGUGUUGAAGAUGGAUCACCAUUGCGUUUGGGUUGUUAACUGUGUAGGAGCACUAAAUUAUAAGUAUUUUCUUCUUUUCUUGUUCUACACAUUCUUAGAGACGACUCUUGUGACUUUGGUUCUUAUGCCGCACUUCAUUGCGUUCUUUAGUGAUGAAGAAAUACCUGGAACCCCGGGAACUCUUGCUACUACUUUUCUUGCAUUUGUUUUAAACUUGGCCUUUGCUUUGAGCGUGAUGGGUUUCUUAAUCAUGCACAUUUCUUUGGUUGCUGGCAAUACUACAACGAUAGAGGCAUAUGAGAAGAAAACCACUACAAAAUGGCGUUAUGACCUCGGUAAAAAGAAAAACUUUGAACAGGUAUUUGGAAUGGAUAAGAGAUACUGGUUAAUCCCAGGAUACACAGAAGAAGAUCUAAGGCGAAUGCCGGAGCUGCAGGGACUUGAGUACCCUUCGAAACCCGACUUUGAUUCCCAGUAAUAUCUGAAGGCAAUGACUUUGUUCAUCAUCAUCCCAUGCAUGUAAAACAGCAAUAUGUAGAGAAGAGAGGAAGUGGCAUGUCAUGGAGAGAAAGCUACUAACAUGAAAAUUGAUGCUUCACUUUAGGCAGUGUAGAUGUCUUCCUAUGGAAGGCUAAAAACAUCAUUACAUUUGUGGUGGGGUUUUCUAAAGGACAAAGAUUCCAAGUUGGCUUUGUUGGCCACAACAUAUAUGUUCAUCUUCUUCAAUAGUUCAUAUAUAUAUAUAUAUGAUCUUAUAUUAUAAAAGCAGAA